AUGCAUCUCAAUGCUAACGUUUCUUUAGAGGAAGACGAGAAGAACUGGACGCCUGUACCCGCGCAAGGCAGCACGCCUGCUUAUCACGUUUAUAGCUUGCCGAUCCAAAAGAGCCCAGCGGAUGAUCGCGACUAUCGUGUCGUGCGCCUCGAAAAUGGCCUCCAGGCUGUAUUGGUGCACGAUGCAAAUACGGACAAGGCUGCUGCAGGCAUGGAUGUUGCUGUCGGACAUCUUUUCGAUCCCGAUGAUAUGCCCGGUUUAGCUCACUUCUGCGAGCAUCUCUCGUUCAUGGGAACGGAGCAGUUUCCAAAAGAGAACGAAUACAAAGAAUACCUCUCUAAGAACACUGGGUACUGCAAUGCCUCCACCUCCGCCUCAAACACAAAUUAUUACUUCUCUGUUGCGUCGAAUGCACUUGCAGGUGCUUUGGAGCGUUUCUCUGGCUUCUUUCAUUCGCCUCUGUUUGCGCCGUCCUGUACAUUACGAGAGCUCAAUGCAGUCGAUUCGGAGAACAAGAAGAACUUGCAGAAAGAUGUGAAGCGAAUAUUCCAGUUGAAAAAGCAUCUCUCCCGUCCAGGCCACCCGUGGAGGAAGUUCGGAACGGGGAACAAAGUUACUCUUACCGAGGCUGCACGGUCACUAAAACAACCUUCAGUGAAUGCGCCUAUAGACAAGCCGUCUCUCGGUGAUUUAGUAAACGGGGACGGCAGUGUUGGCGCGGCACCUUCACAAACACCUAGUCAGACGGCUUCCCCAGCCCCUCCAGUAAAUUCAACGAACCACGAAAGCGAUGCUGACGGAGGAAGUGUCGGAAGAGAGACUAGGCGUCGUCUGAUCGAAUGGUGGAGCAAAGAAUACUGUGCGAGCCGGAUGAGUCUGACAGUUAUUGGGAAAGAAUCUCUUGAUGAGCUUGCUCACAUGGUUGCGGUAAUGUUCUCGCCAAUCAAGAACCGUGGACAAGACCCCGUCCCUCUCAUUUUGGAACACCCGUUUGGAAAGGAUGAGCGUGGCUCUGUUGUGCAUGUCAAGACGAUUAUGGAUUUCUAUGAACUGGAAUUGUCAUAUCCUCUGCCUUAUCAAGCUCCUUUCUGGGAGGUAAAACCGACCAGGUACCUGUCACAUUUCAUCGGGCAUGAAGGGCCUGGUUCUUUGCACUCAUACCUGAAGAACAAGGGCUGGAUCACCGCGUUGACCGCAGGACAACAGCGUUUGUGGCGUGGAUUUGAGAUGUUCAAAAUAACUGUUCGUCUUACCAAAGAUGGCUUUCAGAACUGUCGCGAGGCUCUCAAGACGUGCUAUAAGUACUUGAACCUCCUACGAGACUCUGUUCUGCCUGCGUGGACACAGAGUGAGAUCCAAGCGCUCGCUGAAUUGCAUUUCCGCUUCGAAGAGAAGCAGGCACGCCCAGAGAAUUAUGCUUCUCGGAUUUCUGGCAACAUGAAGCUACCUAUUUCACGAUCUCUCAUACUUAGUGGACCAAAACUGACGUGGGCCUGGGAUGAACAGCUUGUGCGAGAUACACUUUCUAGGCUGACUGUUGAGAACGGUCGUGUCGUAGUUAUGGCGAAGGAUCACAGCACAAUAGACAAUGCAGGCCCUUGGACCAUAGAGCCUUGGUACGGAACGGAAUAUACUGUCGGUAGAUUAGACGAAGAAAUAAUCUCUGCGGCUCGCGCCCCAAACGAUAUACCCGAACUUUAUCUGCCCGGACCGAACGAGUUCAUUCCGAGCAACGUUGACGUCGACAAGAUCGAUGUUCCUAUCCCACUAAAGCGGCCUUCACUCAUCCUUCGUAAUCCACUUAUGGAUGUCUGGCAUAAGAAAGACGAUCAGUUCUGGGUCCCUCGAGCACAAGUGGUGAUAGAAGCGCGAACGCCAUUUGCCAGUGACUCUGCACGUGCAUCCGUCAUGACGCACCUUUAUAUAGAUCUUGUGAAAGACGCUCUAACGGAGUUCUCAUACGAUGCAAGUCUCGCCGGACUUGACUACAAUUUCGGAUCGACUGCUCUCGGACUAUACAUUAAUCUCAGUGGCUAUAAUGAUAAAUUGCAUGUUCUUGCGCAGCACGUCCUCAAAAAGGCCAAGAACUUAGAAAUCAAAGAAGAUCGGCUAGCCGUCAUGAAGGAAAAGGCCAAGCGAGGGUGGGAGAACUUCUUCCUCGGACAGAGUUGGAACCUGUCUGAGUAUUAUGGGAAAUAUCUCCUCUCGGGUCACCAAUUCACUGUUACAGAGAAACUUGCGGAGAUAACAGGGAUAACUGUCGGAGAACUCCAGGGACAUGUCCAGAAACUCCUGUCACAAUUCAAAUACCUGGUUUUGGUUAACGGAAAUCUUCGGAAAGAGGACGCCACGCGCAUCGCAUCGAUGGCGAAGGACAUUCUCAGCUCUGAACACGUUCCUAAAGAGAACGUUCCUUGGUGGCGUUCGCAUCUUUUGCCUAAACCUUGCAACUAUGUCUGGGAGCUUCCCGUCCCGAAUCCCGAUGAAGUGAAUGCAAGUAACUCUUAUUAUUGUCAUGUUGGCACGAUCUCGGACGUUCGGCUUCGUACGACCUUCAGACUGAUGGUGCAGAUCUUCCGAGAGCCUGCAUUCAGCAUUUUGCGAACAAAGGAACAGUUGGGAUACACUGUCUUUUGCUCUGCUUGGCAAGGCACGGAAUCAAUGGGGUUGCGAAUAGUCGUUCAGUCGGAGAAGGACCCUAAGUAUUUGGAGACCCGCAUUGAAGCAUUCCUUGAACAUAUGCGCGGAAUUCUCGAAACGAUGGACGAUGCGCUUUUUCAAGAGCACAAGAGAAGUCUCGUGCAGCAAUGGACGGAGAAGCUGAAGAACUUAGCGGGAGAGACGACUCGUUUUUGGACUCACAUCGAAUCUGGAUAUCUCGACUUCACGCGUCUUGAACGUGAUGCCGAGCUUAUCACGAGCGUGACGAAAGACGAAGUCGUUUCUAUGUUCAAGGAGUUUGUUGAUCCUACAUCGCCUAACAGGUCAAAAUUGUCUAUACACAUGCGACCUCAGAGGCCUCCUGUCGUCAAGUUAAGCCAGCAAGCCGCGGAUGACUUCCUUGCAACUUUGCGCAGGGCAAACUUCUUUGUCAACCCAGAGGAGUAUAAUUCGGUAACGGGACACGAACCGCCCGCAGAAAAAGUCAGAGUGCACUGGGAAAACGUGCUUCGCGAGCAAGCAGAUGUCAGGGUGGAAGAUCUUCUUGUGGAGUUUGACGAGCUUGUGCGGAAACAUCCUGCAACGGGACAAGGCCCGGUUGAGCUCAGCCCAGAUGUUGUAUUCAUCUCGGAUGGUGCAGCCUUUCGGGAGAAACUCGUGCUUUCCGAUUUUGCGAAACCCGUGGACAACGAGCAUGUAUGAUUAUGUGUCAAAUUAUUCGAUUUGUACACUCGACAGGUAAGCUGUAUUGAGCCGCGGGAAUCCGCACCGAAGUAAGGUUGUCAAACUAAAUGCCUGAAUUGGUGCUCGCACGUUUCGACACCGCGCGGAGUUGAUACUACCUCUGUCCAUUUGAUGAAAUGUAUCUUGU